GAUCAGUGUCUUCCAACAAAGAUGCCAUAUUAGCACAAGUCAGUACCACCUCUCAGCCAAUCCCCAUCAGUUCAGUGCAACAUCAUCACAUGUCAACCGACCGUACCACCCAAUUUUGAGGUUGCUGAAUCAAUUUUUGAGGUCUGUUUUGCCAAACUCUGCUUGGAACUACCAGUUUUUUUUGAUAGAUGAUAUGGUUGCUCUGCUUGUUGCUCAAAAAUUGUCAAAAAAAGUGUUUGCAAACUGUGCUACUAAGCUUAAACCUUAUUUGACAAAGGGUGUAGCAGAAAAUUAUGUUAUUGAUAAAGAAAUUCCAAAGUCAACCUUUUGUUAUGGUAUUCCCAUACCCAAGGAAGAUGAUAGUGAUUUAGUGAUAGAACACAAUACAGAAAAAGUUCAAGGAAACAAUUUGAUGGGUUACUCGACUUCUCUCUUGUUGGGUUCUAAACAAGAAUUCAAGCUAAAUGAGUUACUUGAAGUGCUUCAACAUUUAGAGGUAAAUGACAUGGUGGAAAACAAAGAAGAUCUUGAUGAAAUGGUAUUCAAGAAACUUUUAGAAUUAAAGCCAAAUGGCUUAGUGGAAACUGUGGAAGAAAAUUUUGAAUUCCUCCUUGUCUUGCAAGUUGUUCAACUUGUUGACUUCAUUUUUUCUAAAGAAUUUGAUUCUAAACAUCCUACUUUGAAGUCUAUCUUGUUUGGUUUGAAGAUCGAAGUUAAGUUACCAAAAGCAUUGCAGUUGUAUUAUUUUGUUGCCUCGAAAUUUGUAUGGCUUCAACACUACAAAACUCAAGGUCAAGUUUUCACCAAGUUGGGGAGAUGAUGCAGAUAAGGAAGGAAAUAAUAUAUUUAUUAGGAUUUUGUUAUUAUUAUGAAUAUAUGGGAAUUAAAUGGAAAUAUUAGUAGUAGCUUAUAUUUAUUAGAAUAUGUUAUUAUCUUUCAAUAAGAAUUCAAUUGGGAG